GCAAGAGAAAGUUUGGGUCUUCCCUGGGCAAACGGUGACGAGUCUGAGGCAGCUCAGGCCGGUCAACAUCUGGAGAUGUAUUUCCGUGAGACACGGGUAAUGCGCCGUGAACGCGCCCGACUAAAUCAGCUCCAAUGGACCGAGGAUGAAUUUCUCGAACUGGUCCCGGCCAUGCGUGUGAUCUGGGCCGAUCCGAGUAUUCGGACUGCGUUUGACCAGCGCGCCAAAGUGAUCACUGAGAAUUUCGUAAGCUAA